AUGACAAUGUCCGAGGUCAAGGUCCAGGCAAGUGGGACCGCCGGUCACAGCAGUGAUGGCGGACUGAGUAAUAAGUCUCGGGUCAAGGAAACGAGUGAGGAUGUCGAGAAUAUCAAAAUUAGAAGAGAAAAUGAAUUCUUGUUCACGUACCAGGAAGAACCACACCGUUCGCGCCGUAUGGAAAUCAUUAAAGCUCACCCUGAGGUCACUAAAUUAGUGGGCCACGAACCUCUGACUAAAUGGAUAGUCGUAGGUGUGGUAGCGCUGCAAUUUUCCACUGCUUGGUUCAUGAGAGGUGCUUCGUUCUCGUCAUGGUAUUUCUGGGCAGCUGCCUAUUUCAUUGGUGCUACUUGUAACUCUAACAUCUUUUUGGCAAUCCAUGAAUUAUCUCACAACUUGGCAUUUAAGAAGCCUCUUCAUAAUAAACUGUUUGCUAUUUUUGCAAAUAUUCCUAUCGGUAUCCCAUACAGUGCCGGUUUUGGACCAUAUCAUCAACUUCAUCAUAAACACAUGGGAGAACCUGACUACGAUACUGAUCUGCCCACAUCACUUGAAGCUAUGUUUCUGUCGUCUGUGGCUGGAAAGGCCUUUUUUGCUACUUUUCAACUGCUUUUCUAUGCUAUUAGACCUAUGUGCGUCAUCAAAGUGAAUAUGACCUGGGUUCAUUAUCUUAAUAUCGCUGUCCAACUGGCAGUCGAUGCGCUAUUUAUUAAAUUGGUCUGUCAUGACUCGUCUGGAUCACUGGAUUUGAUGCCUUUCUAUUAUCUUCUUCUCAGUGCUUUCCUAGCUGGGUCUCUACACCCAAUUGCUGGUCAUUUCAUUGCCGAGCAUUACGUGCUCGAUGCUCCGAAAGAAUACGACUUAAAGAAAACUGCUCUUCCUGAGACAUAUUCGUAUUAUGGCUGGUUGAAUGUCUUUGUAUACAAUGCUGGUUACCACAACGAGCACCACGACUUCCCAUACAUUCCGUGGUCCCGUAUCAAGACUUUACAUACCAUUGCAAGUGAGUUCUACGACCCGCUUCCCUCUUACACAUCUUGGAUCUAUGUCAUCUAUAGAUUUGUCUUUGAUGAAAACGUUUCUCUGUGGUGUCGUGUGAAGCGUUCUAACAUCAAAGCAAAUAAGGGAGACGACCAGCCUUAG